UGCUUCUCAAUAUCAAGAUAAACUUCGAAAUAACUAACCAUAGUAAUUAUAAAUUUUAAUUAGAUUUAUGAUAAUGAGCUUAUUAUUUCCAAGGCCGAUUUAAACGCCUUACAAAAUGAAUUUGUUGUUAUCAUUAUCAGUGUCAAUAACUGAUAGCAAGCCGCUAUAUUCAAUAAUUUGAAUCGAAAGUUCGUGCGUUUUUGUCGAUUUUUAUUCAAAAAUAAAAGAUAUUUGGGUAGUUUCAAAACUUUUACGUUAGUUUAGAGUGAACAAUGUCUUUAAAUAAAGUGUGCUUGAAAUGUUUGGGAACUGUGACUAAAGAAAUUAAGGUUUUAAAUGGAAUUGUUAGUAAAAGGAAUCAUUUUGUUUACACAGCUGAUUCGAGUUCACCUGUGAAAGGAGAAACUACAAAAAUGAACAUGUUCCAAUCCAUAAACAACGCACUAGACAUAGCCUUAAAAUCUGACGAUUCUGCGUUAAUAUUUGGAGAAGAUAUAGGUUUUGGAGGAGUUUUCAGAUGUACCAUAGGACUUAAGGAAAAAUAUGGCAAAGAACGGGUAUUCAAUACUCCUUUGUGCGAACAAGGGAUAGCUGGAUUUGCAAUAGGAGCUGCAGCAAUGGGAUCCACAGCUAUCGCCGAAAUACAGUUUGCUGAUUAUAUUUUCCCAGCAUUUGACCAGAUAGUAAAUGAAGCAGCUAAAUACAGAUACAGAUCGGGUGGUAUGUUUGAUUGUGGGAAACUGACCAUAAGAGCACCCUGUGGAGCUGUAGGUCAUGGGGCUUUGUACCAUUCUCAAAGUCCUGAAGCAUAUUUCGCCCAUACACCUGGUUUAAAAGUAGUCGUUCCUAGAGGACCCAUUAAAGCUAAAGGACUUCUGCUCAGUUGUAUCAGAGAUCCUGAUCCGUGUCUAGUCUUCGAACCGAAAGUUUUAUAUAGGGCGGCUGUAGAAGAAGUACCGGUAGGUGACUAUCAAUUGCCUAUUGGAAAAGCUGAUGUUUUAAUCGAAGGGAAUGACAUUACCCUGAUAGGAUGGGGCACCCAGGUGCAUGUGCUUAAAGAAGUGGCACAAAUGGCAAAAGAAAAAUUCCAAGUUAAUUGUGAGGUUAUAGACCUCGUUUCUAUUUUACCUUGGGAUACGGACACAGUAAUAAAGUCGGUAAAGAAGACGAAGAGGUGCAUAAUUUCACAUGAAGCUCCAUUAACAGGUGGAUUUGGAGCUGAGAUUGCAGCUACAAUUCAGGAGGAGUGUUUCUUGCAUCUUGAGGCGCCCAUACAGCGUGUCACGGGCUUCGACACGCCGUUCCCUCACGUUUUCGAGCCUUUCUAUUUGCCUGACAAGUGGAGGUGCCUUUCCGCCAUCCAGAAAAUUAUAAGCUACUGAAUAAAAGUUCUUCGAUAAAUUCAAAA